GGGGGCGGGAACGAGAACCUCCGCGACGCGGAGGGGACGAUGAUGGGGCGCCUCGUGUUGGCGGAUUCCCGCGAGGCCCAGGACCUGGUUGUUGUGGCGUUCAGAAGGCACGAGGUCAAGAAGGGCGGCUUGUCGGAGUCAGAGGAGGCAACGGGCGAGGCGUGCGACGUGCAGCCAAAGGCCCCCUCUUACGCGGCGAUCUUCGCGACGCCGAUGGAAUGGCGGGGCGCCGACGGCAAUCUGAGCGACGCAGAGCUGGCGCAGGGCUUCGCGAGCACGUGGAAGGGUGUGAUCAUGGCCCGCUCCCCUCAGCAGCUGGCUGCCCUGGCCCCGUGCCCCAGGUGGAAAGUGCACGAGGGAAAGCCAGGCAAGGGCAAGGGCGACCGGCAGACGACGACAGGGACGGACGAGGGCCUCAUCAUGUACGCGGUGGAGCUCUCACACAUGUACGGCACCAAGCUGGCGGCCCUUCUCUGCGAGGCGAUGAAGGACAUGGCGGCGGUGUGCAUAGCGGGCCCAGUCUCACUAG